GUUUUACGCUGUGCAGUCGGAUCUUAGCAUGUUCGGCCAGGCGGCGACGUACGAGGGGAAGCGCAUCGCGCGGUGUGUCGAUGCCAUCUACGGCGAGAGCGAUCAGCAGCGCUUUGUUGUCGGUACGUGCUCUCCGAGCACGAAGAAGCCCAAUCAGCUUCACCUCCUCGACGCCAACCUCAGCUUCCUUCGGGCGUACUCGCAUGCAAGCCCGCUCCAGCACUUCGCCAUGUGCCCCUUGCCGCAGCGCGCCCACACGAUUCUUACGACGUUCACAUCGGAGCGCAACGAGCCGACGUUUGCCGUUUGGAAGCUCGAGAGCGUCGAAGAUCCCGUCGCAACGUCCGUCGACACACCGGCCCAAAUGACACUGGCAGCUCAAACGACCAUGGAAUCGGCCAUUAACAAGGCGAUUUGGAAUCCGCACGAAGACACGAGCGCAGCAGCGAUUGCGUCUCUCAAUGCGACGUCCAUCGCGACAUGGGCGCUUGCGGAGGGCGGCGCAGCUUGCAAGGAGACAACCAAGGUAUCGCUCGGCGAAGGCAAGCAGUUGACAGGCGUAACAUGGGAUCCUCACCAUCGGCACAACAUCACCGCUACGGUGGACGAGUCCAUUCAGUCGUGGGAUCUUCGCUCUGGCAAGCUUGCGCACGUGAUUGAAGAUGCGCACUUGGGGUGCACGCGCGACGUCGACUACAACCCAAACAAGCCGUACUACAUUGCAAGCGGCGGCGAAGAUGGCAAAGUCAAAUUCUGGGAUCUACGCAAGCCGCAGACGGCGUUACUGACUCUCUCGGGUCACAGCCACUGGAUCUGGUGCGUCAAGUACAACCGGUUCCACGACCAGCUUGUGCUCUCGUCCAGCUCCGAUAGUCUUGUGAACCUCUGGCGUGUCUCGUCGAUCUCGUCAGCGCCCCUGCUUGAGAUGGAUGACGGCGACUCGGAGCAAGGCGUUGAUGUCGGCGACGCCAAGAUCAAGAGCUACGAAGAGCACGAAGACAGUGUGUACUCGGUUGCGUGGGGCUCGGCCGACUCGUGGCUCUUUGCCUCCGUCUCGUACAGCGGUCGCGUCGUCCUCAAUCAAGUCCCAUCGACGGAGAAGUACCGCAUCUUGCUUUAA